AUGGUUGGCAAACUGAAACAGAACUUGCUGUUGGCCUGUCUGGUGAUCAGUUCGGCGACAGUGUUUUAUCUGGGCCAGCACGCUAUGGAGUGCCACCACCGCAUAGAGGAGCGCAGCCAGCCUGCGAGGGUGGAAAGCCCGAGGAGCACAGUAAGAACUGCACCCAGUGGGAAUGCCACCAAAAGCUUUGCCUACAACAAAGACAUGCCUUUAAUAUUUAUUGGGGGAGUACCUCGGAGCGGCACCACCUUAAUGCGUGCCAUGCUGGACGCUCAUCCGGAUAUCCGGUGUGGAGAGGAGACGAGGGUGAUCCCCCGGAUCCUGGCAGUCAAGCAGAUGUGGGCUAGAUCAAGCAAAGAGAAGAUCAGACUGGAUGAAGCUGGGGUCACAGAUGAGGUGCUGGACUCAGCCAUGCAGGCCUUUUUGUUGGAAAUCAUUGUCAAGCACGGGGAGCCUGCUCCCUAUUUGUGUAACAAAGAUCCUUUUGCUUUGAAGUCCUUAACUUAUCUUGCUAGGAUUUUCCCCAAUGCCAAAUUUCUCCUCAUGGUACGGGAUGGGCGUGCAUCUGUGCACUCCAUGAUCUCUAGAAAAGUGACAAUAGCUGGGUUUGACCUCAACAGCUACAGGGACUGCUUGACCAAGUGGAAUCGGGCCAUAGAAACGAUGUACAACCAGUGCAUGGAGGUUGGGUUUGAGAGGUGCAUGCUGGUCCAUUAUGAACAGCUUGUCUUGCAUCCUGAGAGGUGGAUGAGAACUCUCCUGAAGUUCCUUCGUAUCCCAUGGAACCAAGCAGUGCUGCACCAUGAAGAAAUGAUUGGAAAAGCAGGGGGUGUUUCUCUUUCAAAGGUUGAAAGAUCUACUGACCAAGUAAUCAAGCCAGUCAAUGUGGAAGCACUGUCCAAGUGGGUUGGGAAGAUACCUGCUGAUGUACUGCAGGAUAUGCCUGUGAUUGCACCCAUGCUGGCAAAACUGGGCUAUGAUCCAUAUGCCAACCCACCAAAUUAUGGAAAGCCAGAUCAGAAAGUUGUGGAAAACACAAGGAGGGUUUUUAAAGGUGAAUUUCAGCUUCCUGACUUUCUUAAAGAAGUGCCACAGCCAAAGAAGACAAUAGAAAGGAAGUUUCGUGGCAAGAUAAAAUGAACAUGGAUCAGUAAAGUCCAAUAGCUGUAGUGUCUUGUUUCAUGUUUUCAGAAGAUAACUCGUUGCUGUGGACACCAAAUCUUUCUGAUAAACCUUUGUGUGACCUCUGCUGUGGGCUUUGCUCUUUCACUGGAUGUUUGCCUGCUCUCACAUUCCCAACAGUUAGUGCUCAUGCUUUUGCAAGUUGUGCACAGCUAAUAGAAAACCCAUGAAGGGCUGGCACCACGCAGCUAAGUGUGCUGUUGCUGUUGCUCACAGCAUUGUUCACUCUCAAACUGCUGGCCACGAUGUCUGUGCAGCUUAGCGGCGAGACAGCUGCUUAAAUGUGUGCUGCUUACGAGUUACUGUCAGCAAACUGGAUGCAGAAAGCGUGCUGGAGUGGUUUCUGAUGCUUUCAAGUGCAAGUAUUGUGGUUAUUUCAUGGUUAUCUACAACCUGCCAGAUAAAGCUGCAGCAUUCUGUGGCUGCCAAAACAGGAGGAGAUCCCAUCUUUCUGAUAAGGGUUGCUGGGAAAUUCAGGGAGAUGAGAUAGCUAAAAUACAGCACACAGUGUGUGAGCAAAAGAAAUGCUCCUAGAUCUGCCUACAGUAGUGCUUAGUUAAAUGAUGCUAUUUGCAUCUUCCUAUUAUCUUGUGGUAUGCCAAAAGGACUUGGUCCACUGUUGCUAGGAAAUGUCCUCUUUCAAUCUGUGUGAUCCAGAGCUUUCAAAAUGGGACUCUGCUCAAUUUCAGGAGGUGGAGUCAUACAGUUAGCUGGUUAUGAUGAUGAUAUUUACCAAACUCUGAGCAGAUUUAUGCCAGGUAAAGAAUGAUAAUCUGAA